AUGGCCGCCCGCACCAGAAUCUCAAUGAAUGCCGCAUCGGCCAGGAAUGGAGUGGGAUACUUCUUCGCCAUCGUCUUUGUGGCCCUUUCUCUCCUUGCCGUGUACAUGCUCCGUAUAGCAACCAUCAUGUCGGGUGUGGCCGACAAAAUGGAAUAUAUCACCACAAACAGCCAGUUCACGGAACACUCGUUGGAACUACGCACCACGUACACCGGGAUCGCACCUCUGGACAAAGGUCUCUCGUUCCUGGUGGCGGCUUUUAUGAAUGGCGCGGCCGGAUGGGACAGGGGGUUCCUCAUGUUCAUGAUGUAUUUCCUGUUCUCUUUCUUCCCUAUUGUAGCCAUCUGGGCGAUCGAGAGUUGCAGGGAGAGGAACGGGCUUGCUCUGACGAGAUUUACCAGUAUUUAUGCGCUAUUCUACCAAACGGUUGGGGGCGCCAUCAUCAUCCCGAUCUACUACCUGGCAUACCUUUACGACACAUCCUCAAAUCAAUACUGGGCCAAGUUACAACGUGUCCCAUUGCCAUAUGCUAAAGCACUGCCUCCUGCGGUAAUCAUUGGAUAUCUGAUCCCCACGGUCCUGAUGUUCCUGCCUUACUCGACGGCGCACAACCUGUGGACGACCCAGACCAUGGUGGCUUUCUGGCAGCCAUGUCCCUGGUACGUCAACACCCUGCUCUGGCUGUUGCCGACAUUUUAUUCAGGCCGCCGCGCCGGCUCUCAGCCUUCAAACGCUCAAGCCCACCAAGCCACUCAGCCAAAACCAGACCACGCUUCCGGACACGACGACGUCAAAUAUCUCAAUCGGGUCUACCUGGUCUCCUUCGCCGUCGCUGCAUUGUCGCACGUCGCCGUCGCCGUCACGUGCCUCGUAUCCUCGGACCCAGAGCAUUCCUUCCAACACAUGUUUUUGCCUCCAUCAUCAUCGACAUCGUCCUCGUCGACGACGGCGGAGUCAGACCCAAAACAACUCUCAUUGGUCCAGGGCAUGCAUGCCAUCUUCCAAGCAGACUACUGGAUCAUCUUUGCGGCUUCCCUGGUCUGGGCGUACCUGGCAAUCUGGGACCUGAAACGCCUGGGGCUGACGAGGGACGUCAAUCUCGCCACGGCGUUCCUGGCGAUGCUGCUGGGUUGUGUGCUCGUGGGGCCUGCCGCGACGGUCACUAUGGUCUGGUGGUGGAGGGAGGGCAUCUUGGUCGCAGCGGAGCGUACGUAG